CGGGCAAUUCACCCAGAGAAGCGGUCGGACCCGAGGAUUCAUUGCCGUCGUCAAAUUGUUCGCUAUCCCUUUGGAUUUUCCGGCGUAAGUGAGGAAGUAAAGAGGUUGAUAUCUGUGGUUGGAGAUGGAGGGCUCUGGGACUGGUAAGGCUAAGAAGGGUGCGGGGGGAAGGAAGGGAGGAGGUGCGAGAAAGAAGUCUGUGUCCCGGUCGGUGAAGGCCGGCCUUCAGUUCCCCGUCGGCAGGAUCGGGAGAUACCUGAAGAAGGGAAGGUACUCCGAGCGCGUUGGCUCCGGCGCCCCCGUCUACCUCGCCGCUGUCCUCGAGUACCUCGCAGCUGAGGUGCUCGAGCUUGCUGGAAACGCAGCAAGGGAUAACAAGAAGAAUAGAAUCAUCCCAAGGCACGUUCUUUUGGCCGUCAGGAAUGAUGAGGAGUUGGGAAAGCUUCUUGCUGGCGUCACCAUUGCCCAUGGUGGUGUUCUCCCUAACAUCAACCCUGUCCUCUUGCCUAAGAAGACUGAGAAGGCAACCAAGGAGCCCAAGUCUCCCAAGGCGACUAAGUCACCCAAGAAAGCCUGAGUAGCUUCGCGCCUUCUUCUUGUGUUCGUUACUUUAAUUCUCUCCCCUGUAGAAACAUCCACCGGGAACAGAAUUGAGUAUUUCGAAUUUAUGGCUGUUGUGUACCAAAAGAAGAACCUCGCUUCUUUUUUCUUCUGUGCAAUGUAUCUUCUUGUUUCAUUUCAA